AUGUCCUCCUCGCUGCUAGAAGAACUAUGUGCAACUAACCACAAGCCAGAGAAGCGUCAGCAACAGCAGAGAGACAACCGAAGAGCGAGACCAAGGCAACAAGAACAGGGAGGCCAAGACAAACAAGAAGAGCCGAAAAGGAAGAGAAAAGAAGGAAAGGGAAGGCGAGAGGGCAAGGCACAGGGAGAACAGAAAGGCAACAAGAACAAGGAGGCCAAGACAAACAAGCAGAGCCGAAAAGGAAGAGAAAAGAAGGAAAGGGAAGGCGAGAGGGCAAGGCACAGGGAGAACAGAAAGGCAACAAGAACAAGGAGGCCAAGACAAACAAGAAGAGCCGAAAAGGAAGAGAAACGAAGGAAAGGGAAGGCGAGAGGGCAAGGCACAGGGAGAACAGAAAGCAACAAGAACAAGGAGGCCAAGACAAACAAGCAGAGCCGAAAAGGAAGAGAAAAGAAGGAAAGGGAAGGGAAGGCGAGAGGGCAAGGCACAGGGAGAACAGAAAGGCAACAAGAACAAGGAGGCCAAGACAAACAAGAAGAGCCGAAAAGGAAGAGAAACGAAGGAAAGGGAAGGCGAGAGGGCAAGGCACAGGAGAACAGAAAGGCAACAAGAACAAGGAGGCCAAGACAAACAAGCAGAGCCGAAAAGGAAGAGAAAAGAAGGAAAUGA